CUACCCUUCGCCCUUUUAAAUCUCUCCUGCCAUUGAGUUGUACGAAGGUGCUGGUCAUCAACAUAGAGACAUUGACCUGAUACAGAAAGGAAAAUGUCUUUCCUCCCAGGCCUCAAAAAUGGCGAGGUCAUCGACUUCAGCCAGAGGAGCUUGAUAGUGGCCGCUGCUUCAAUCGCGUUCAAUCCAAUUUUCUGGAAUACUGUCGCUCGCCAAGAAUAUCAUAGCAAAGUCCUCACCAAAUUGUUCAGAGGAAAUUCAAAGCUGGGUUGCUAUGCGUUAGCAAUCACCAUUUUCCUUCUCGGGAUUUUUAGAGACUCUUUAUAUGAACGAGCAUUGAGAGACCAGCCAACCCACCCCUUCUUCACAGGAGCAGUGUCAAACUUUGCUGCAAUAGUCUUGUUCAUUGCAGGAAACGUCCUUGUCUUGAGUAGCAUGUGGGCAUUAGGUGUCACAGGCACAUAUCUCGGCGAUUAUUUCGGUAUUCUCAUGGACCAACGUGUGACUUCUUUCCCUUUCAAUGUCACCGAUGCGCCUAUGUAUUAUGGCUCUACACUAUCAUUCUUGGGAACCGCAUUGUGGUUUGGCAAGCCAGCAGGGUUACUGCUUACAGUCGAAGUUCUCGCGGUUUACCUUAUUGCCCUGAGAUUUGAGGAUCCAUUCACGGCCGAAAUAUAUGUCAGAAGAGAGCAUGAACAAAAGGCAGCAAAGAAGGCCACGUAGUGGGCAAAAUUCGUCAUAUAUACUCAAUAUAACCAACUUCUGCAUCAACAUAAAUUAGAAGCUUAUUAUUCAACAUAAUCCACGUAUCUCCAAAAUUUUAGAAUAGAUCAGGGCAGUCCGCAAGUCUUUAGAUAUUUUGCAUUAGAUUCACCAUGAAUUUUUACGUCAGA